GAACUCGAGCCGGGUGGACGUUACGUACAGGUGCAAGUGUUUCACCGAAACACGGUUUGGAUUGAUGUGCUUGUGACUGUCAGAGAAUGUCUAGUGAUCUUGUGGCUGUCUGGGAGGUGUCGCUGGGAGAUGGGGUUCAUACAAUAGAAUUUGAACAUGGCACAACAUCAGGAAAACGAGUUAUUCGAGUAGAUGGAAAGGAAAUUUACAGAAACAACUGGAUGUUUAAAUUGGUGGGAAGAGAAGACUUUAUUGUAGGAAAAGCCAGGUGUCGCAUACUCAUAGAUGCAAUCAGUGGCUUUUCGUAUGAAUACACCUUAGAAGUAAAUGGAAAGAGUCUGAAAAAGUUUUCUGAAAACCAAACAAAGAUAUUGCGGUCUUGGAUUUUGAUGAUAGGAGAAACAGGAAUUAGGGUUACACUUGAAAAGGAUACUUUGGAUGUCUGGGUAAACGGUGAAAAAGUGGAGACUGCGGGAGCAUUCGUUGACGAUGGUACAGAGACUCAUUUUGAAAUUGCAGGCCGAUCUGCAUAUAUCAAAGCUACAAGCAGUGGAAAGAGGAAAGAUGGCAUUAAACACCAGCUCUUUGUGGAGGACCAGGAAAUUCCCCUGGCUAAAGACUGAUCUCCGGGGACAAAACAUCAUGGGGACCAAAAGUUACUUAACACACAUGUAACAUGACCCAAUACACAAACAUACGGACAGCUGGUGCAUCAGUAAUCAAACUGUGCUGAUCCCGAUGUUGUGAAAGUCUGUGUUAUCCUGCAAUGGCUUUAAGACUCUAAACUAGGCAUUUGUUUCUAGUUAUCAAUGCUUUUCAUCAGUUUUUACCUUUUGAUCGCUUUGUUUUAUGUUUAUAGAAUGAUGGACACACAUAACAAACAUGCAUACAUUGUUGACCUACAUACCUGAGUGCAUGUAUAUGGAGCUUCUGUUCAAGAGAGUUUCGUAAUCGUACCACGACUGUGGUAAUUUUUUUACGACAUGACUGAGGUGAUAUAAAUGACAUUUUACAAAUGUAUCAGAUUUGACUUGAUCUGGUACAUUUAUAAUGUGAUGUGUCAUCUGUAGCAAGACAAAAAUCAAUGAAAAAUUUUAUUCUGUAAAUUGUAUCCCAGGUGUGAAAUUAUCUGAUUAUUUAUUAAUCAUAUUUUUAAAAACAGACAAUCACAUUUUAUCCAUGCAGGAAAUAUUCAUCUUUACAGAGACAAAACAUUGCUGUGUUUGCUAGUAUUUGACUUUCUCAUCACUCAAGUCUUUUAUACUCAUGUGUUGAAUCUCUCAUAAACCUAACUUCUACUUUAAUAAUAGCUAAUAUGCCUUAUAUUCACACAUGGAAUGAGUUUAUGACUUGCAUAAUCUGAUGGGUAUGCAUGUACAGUGCAAACUUACCAAGCAAGAUGCACCUUAUUUGCUUCCAUUUGAAUACAAUUUGAGCUCCAUAAUUUUAAACUAUUAAAGUGUAGUUCCAUUUCUUAGUUAAUACGGCACAACACCUAGAAAGAAUUCGUUAGAAUUGUCUGUAUCAUCUGUAUGAAUUGUUCAUAUUUUGAAAAUAUUUUUCCAAUAAGUGGUUUCUUGAGAGUGAACAUGAUAAUGUAUUGUUUACCUUUUUUUGUUCGCCUUUCCACUGUGAAAAGUUAUUUGUCUUAUGUUGUACAUGUCUACAUAUGUGUGGUACUAAUGUGUGGUAUGUAUCUUCAUUUGUUCAGGAAUUCACUAAGGAAUUCAUCGUGAUCAAUUAUCAGCAAAAACUGACAUUGCACAACACUGGUCCAUCUCUAUCUGAAACCAGUCACAAAAAAGAUUUUGUGUUUUUAUUUAUUCAUUUA